AUGAGCGAUACGGACAUCGACAACGCCUCGUUGCCAUCCGACGACGUGACUACCGCCGAAUCACCGCAGACCCUCAUCAAACGGCGACUCCCCUAUGGCACGCUUCGCGCCAACGAUCAAGAUGAGCUCUUGACAACCGCCGUUGUCCUCCAGACCAUACAGAGCUCGCACGGUCGCCAUCACAGACUCGAUCUAUCCCAUGCUUAUCUUCAAGACGCCAAAGCCAACAAGGUUCUCGACGUAUUGCGUGAACGGUCCUCCAGUCCCGGAAUCAACGAUCAUCUACUUUUCCACCGCUCAGACGAUGGUUCAGAGUUUCCCAAUCAGGAUCAGUGGCUUCGCUCAAUACCUUCACUCUCUCGCGCCAUGAUGACGAAUCCUACACCGCUAUGUGCAAGCUUCAGGAUUGUCGAAUUGGACAACAACUCUCUCACCUUUGCUUGUCUACCUGCCAUUUGUCGAUUGUUAGAUGGUAAUCUGACUCUACACAAGCUCAGUCUCAAAGCAAACGAAAUAGAAGGAGAGCCACGCUGGUUCUAUAAUCUUGCGCAGGCCAUCGGAUCGUCUGCACUUAGGCAUCUCUGCUUGUCGUCCAAUCCAAUCGGGCCUUACUCCCUCGCAGCCUUCUUCGACUCGAUACCAAAAGGCGGGACUGCCUUGGAGACCCUAGAGAUGUCCAAUUUAUCUCGUCGGCUUCGCGAAGACGAGUUUGAUGAAGACACAGGCACAGAGACUAUCGAGAGCGAAUAUUACGUUGCUGCACAAGCCGCAGCUGACUUCAUUGGGGAUCCGAAACGCUGCCGAAGUCUUCGUGUACUUCAUCUCAACGCCAACUCUUUUGGAAGCCGUGGCGUACGCGUCAUCGACUCUGCCCUUGUCGGCAGUCUCUCCGAUGCCCCAGGUCUACCUAUCAUCCAAACAGAUGAAAUCACAGCUUUAUCUGAUCAGCUUCAAGCGCUGCGAAGAGAUCCUUUUUACCUCGCUGUUUUCGGAACCAAGCCGAUGAAGCGGAACCGCUCUCUCGUCAGGCUUCAGCUCUCUGGCAAUUAUUACCGAUGCUGGCAGGCUGAAGACCCUCAAAAGGAUCUCGACAAGUUCCUCGGCAUAAAAAGGCGAUAUGCUGCCAUACCAACGCAGGAGGUCAAGACCAUGGCUGUCUUCAUCGAACAGUGGUCUCGGCAAAAGAGGAUGCAGCAGAAGAAAGAUCCGAGCGAAGUCUUCUUUGAACUUCCCUUUGAGGUGUCGCGCCAUCUAUUCAAACUCGACGCCACGCUCAAUGAUGUGGAAAGGGACUUUCAGGAUGCUGCUCAGUUUGCCGCUGGUUUAGACGGCACUACGUUGAUCAAGAUGCGACUUUCAUGUCUCGACGCCAACGUCACAGAGGGAAAGCUGUGCCGCAAAGCUGCUGCAAGGAUCCUCAGCGUGGCAAGAACGGUAGGAUACCGCGUCAGGCGAGCGUCCACUACCGCAGAUCCACAAACCGAAACAGUACAAAAUUCGGCUACACCAGGCUUUCCUAGAUUCAUGGAUCUACCACCAGAGCUCAGGUUACUCAUUGUUCGCCACCUCGAUGAAGAUAACAUCCUGUCGGGCAGCCAGUUUGCCAACAUAAUCAGCUAUGCGUGCGAGCCUAGCACUAUUGGUUAUGGGCAGCCUCAGUAUGACUGGUCACGCAUCCUCGAGUCGACUAGCGAAGCCGAGUCGAGCUCCGCGGAAGGACCUUCGUCUACACGGCCUGCUCAAGGGUGGUCUUGGAGGGAGUGCUUUGCAUCACGUGCGCCGCCUCGGGACUGGCAGGCGGACCUGUUAGACGCCUCCAAUGAGGAGAGCGAGCUCCGUCCACGCGCGGUCAAGGGGAGGUGGUCCUUGGAAAGGACAAGUCCGAGCACAUUCGCCUUCUUAGAAUCCACAUUGACACACAGGACGAUGUAG